AUCUUUUUCCUUUCAGUUCAUCUAAAAAACAGAACAGUCACAUAUUCCACCUAGAACUGAAUUCUCAUAACACUGUAAACCAAAUAAAUAAAAAAGACCCUCCUUUUUUACAACCUGGUUCUAUAAAAGUGAGUUCUUUUUUUCUCUUAAGGACCCUCAACUGAGCUAGAGAGAGAGUUGAUGAUGCCAAAGCCUAGGCAUGAUGAAUAUUGCAAUAAUAUUGUUAACGUUUCUUCUGUUCUGUGUUUAAAUUUCUUUGCUUUAAUAAUUGAAAACAAGCAAUCUUUCAUCUUUGGAUCGUUUUAACUUUGGAAAAUCCAAAAUUCUCCAAGGGCUUUUCCGUAAAUAACACUAGUCAGUCUCCUCCUAGGUGAUGAAACGACAGCAAAGCAUUCAUGCAAAACCCUCAAAAGAGUUUGGGAAUGGGGAAAUCAAAGAGGACGAAAAUGGGGAAAUCAAACAAAGAAGAUCUAAGCCAAUCUCUGAUCAUGCAUCCUAACACCAUCCAAUUUUUGGAUCAGACAGCCUCUCUUACAGUGGAACAAGUUAAAUGGCAACAAGUUCUUCAGAUGUCUGAUCACCUCUCUAAACAAGCCACCAUAGUGGGAAUGCUGUGGAAUGAAGAAUCUCCAAAAGCUGAAUCACUUAAGGAGACAAUUGAGUCUUACUUCAUUUCUCUUCAAGGGUUUUUGCUUUGUUGCCAUAAAAUCGCAGUUUCUGCUGGUCCUACUCUGUCUUCACUCAUACACGUCUCUGUUAAGCAAAUCGUCGAUUCUAGUUUGGAAUUGUCAAAGGGUUCUGUCUCCCUUUACGAUGAUUUUGCAGAGGGAACAUAUGAAAAAGACAAGAAGCCGUAUGUUCCGAAGCUUACAGCAGUAGUUUUGGAGGCAUGGUUUAAUUUCAAGAAGGUUCCUUCAACAAACCUCAUCGCUAUAGGCAAUGCUAUCUCGCAGGUUGCUGUUAUCAUGAAGGAUGUUCUUAAUAAGAUGAAAGAUGUGAAGCGGCCUGCUUGUCCUUCAAGUGAGUGUGAGGCAUCAUCUGGUGAUGUUUUUUCUCCUGAACAGAUAGAGUUUGCUAAACUGGUUGCUGACAUUGUGUCUGAGGCGAUCAUGGUGGUAAUAGUCAUUCGAGUAAUGACUAAGAAGAUUGGGAUGGAGAAUCCAAAGGAGGAUAGCGAAUUUGUGGACUCUCUAGAGAAAGUACUAAAGCUGUGUCAAAGAAGUGGUGCAGAGAUUGAAAAGCUUGGAACUUGCGUUUAUCAUUCACCUCUGGAGAUUGACAAAAUGGUUCAAACGGUGAAGAUACUAGGGGCAAAUCUUGAUGAAGUUGAGGCUGAAGUUGAGCAUAAGAAGUGGUCUUCCAACGCCUUUCCGGGAGUUUGCAGAAAGCUGCGAGAUGCGAUCAAACUCAUGGAAGUUGGAUUGGAGAAAAGAAAGAAUCUGAAUCAUAUUAUGAUUGCUCAUCAGAACACCAUUUACAAUACCCUCCAGUUGUUCAAUCCAACAGCGUCUCCUCCUACUCAAGAAAAAGUUAUCCGGUUCACUGUUAUAGAUGACUGAUCACCUCUCUAAACAAGCAACCAUAGGUGGAUCUCUUCUCUGCAUUGCACUGCUAUAUCUUUCUUUGUUCAUUGUUUUGUUUCCUCUCUAACUUUUUUGUAGUUGUUCAAGAUCUGGUUCACUUUGUAGUUGGACUUCACUAGACUAGCUUCGUCUAGUUCACAAAACCAUUAGUAACAAACUAAGCAGUUUUUAUAUCCA